GUUUGUUGGCCCAGCUUCGUGUCUUCGUGCUUUUCCGUCCAUCUCCGUAAAGCUGGUUGUUGCUCGUCUGUCUGGUGAGGAGGGGGGGGGUGCGCCGAGCGAUGAUUGACAAUAAUGGCGACGCGUCUAGUCUGAAUUGACUCCAUGGGGGUGAGAACCAUCUCCGGCCGACAAAAGGGAACAUCUCAGGUGAAUGUUUCGCGUCGCACAGGAUAAAAAAACACCCCCGAGUGAGGGCAUUUGCACCAGUGGCAAAGACUUGACUUCGGCGAGGAGGCUUUUGCCUUUGCUAGCUUCUAGUUAGCCCGCUAGCUGGCUAAGUUGAAGAGGGUCGCAUUGUAUGUUGAGCGUGCAGACCCGAGGAGGAGGGGCGGUCAGCUUGCACGGACCUGGCUAAACCAACAAUGUCGCUGCUUCACAAGCUCCCCGUCUCCAUUUGUGAAUGAAGUGUGUGCUUUUCCCAAAAAGAUCCUCCCUCCUUCAAGCAGCUAGUGAGGCUAGUGGGCUAGCUUCGCGGGCUGGUGUUUCGGCUCUGUUCGGACUUGCUCGGGCUUUGCUUUCGGAACCCGCUUGGCAAGCUCACUUUGGGCUAACGUGCUAAGAUCUACUUGAACAUUUGCAGGAGCACUGCGAUCUUUUUGUCGUAUUCAAUGACUACCGGCAGGAACAACCGAGCCAUGAUGGAAGGAGUCGGGGCCAGAGUGGUCCGCGGACCCGACUGGAAGUGGGGAAAGCAGGACGGCGGAGAGGGACAUGUUGGCACCGUCAGAAGUUUUGAAAGUCCCGAGGAGGUCGUUGUUGUCUGGGAUAACGGAACGGCUGCUAACUACCGCUGCUCUGGAGCUUACGACGUGAGGAUAUUAGACAGUGCACCUACAGGAAUAAAGCACGAUGGAACAAUGUGUGACACCUGCCGUCAACAGCCCAUCAUCGGCAUUCGUUGGAAAUGUGCGGAGUGCACCAAUUACGACCUCUGUACAACCUGUUACCAUGGAGACAAACAUCAUCUGAGACACCGCUUCUACAGGAUCACCACCCCGGGCAGCGAGAGAGUGCUUCUGGAGUCGAGGCGCAAGUCAAAGAAAAUCACCGCUAGAGGGAUCUUCACUGGAGGCCGGGUGGUGCGAGGCGUGGACUGGCAGUGGGAAGACCAGGAUGGAGGCAACGGAAGGAGAGGAAAGGUGACCGAGAUCCAAGACUGGAGCGCAGCCAGCCCCCACAGUGCCGCCUACGUUCUCUGGGACAAUGGGGCCAAGAACCUGUACCGGGUUGGCUUUGAGGGAAUGUCGGAUCUGAAAUGCGUUCAGGAUGCCAAAGGAGGGUCCUUUUACAGGGACCACUGUCCUGUGUUAGGUGAGCAGAAUGGCAACAGAAACCCCGGUGGUCUUCAGAUUGGAGACCUAGUCAACAUCGAUUUAGACCUCGAGAUCGUCCAGUCACUCCAGCAUGGCCAUGGCGGCUGGACUGACGGCAUGUUCGAGACUCUUACCACCACAGGCACGGUGUGUGGCAUUGAUGAAGAUCACGACAUUGUGGUUCAGUAUCCCAGUGGGAACAGGUGGACCUUCAACCCUGCUGUGCUGACAAAAGCCAAUGUGGUGCGCAGUGGUGAAGUUGCUGCUGGGGCAGAGGGAGGCACUUCCCAGUUCCUGGUGGGCGAUCUGGUUCAGAUUUGCUACGACAUUGACCGCAUCAAGCUGCUACAAAGAGGCCAUGGAGAGUGGGCAGAGGCCAUGUUGCCUACCCUUGGGAAGGUGGGCCGCGUGCAGCAGAUCUACUCUGACAGUGACCUGAAGGUUGAGGUUUGUGGGACGUCGUGGACGUACAAUCCCGCCGCCGUCACUAAGAUCGCUCCCUCUGGGUCCGCUGUCAGCAACGCCUCGGGAGGUUUGCACCACCCCCACCGCUGCCAUGACUUCAUGACGAUGGCACACAAUCCUAUCAUGAUGUUUUUCCUCUUUCUGUUUUUCCCAGAGCGUCUGUCUCAGCUGCUAAAGAAGUUGUUUGAGACACAGGAGUCCGGCGACAUCAACGAGGAGUUGGUCAAGGCUGCAGCCAAUGGAGAUCUGGCCAAGGUGGAGGACAUUUUAAAGAGACCUGAUGUUGAUGUGAACGGGCAGUGUGCUGGACACACGGCCAUGCAGGCGGCCAGUCAAAAUGGCCACGUGGAUGUCUUGAAGCUGCUACUCAAGCACAACGUAGAUCUGGAGGCAGAGGACAAAGAUGGGGAUCGGGCGGUGCACCACGCAGCCUUUGGAGACGAGGGCUCCGUCAUUGAGGUGCUGCAACGAGGCGGCGCCGACCUGAACGCCAGGAACAAGCGCAGGCAGACUCCGUUACACAUAGCUGUCAACAAGGGCCACUUGCAAGUGGUGAAAACCCUGCUGGACUUUGGCUGCCACCCUAGCCUCCAGGAUUCCGAGGGAGACACACCCCUGCAUGACGCCAUCAGCAAGAAGAGGGAUGACAUGUUGUCAGUGCUGCUGGAGGCGGGCGCCGACGUCACCAUCACCAACAAUAACGGCUUCAACGCCUUGCAUCACGCUGCAUUGCGAGGAAACCCCAGUGCAAUGCGUGUGUUACUCUCCAAACUGCCAAGGCCUUGGAUUGUAGACGAGAAGAAGGACGACGGCUACACCGCACUUCACCUGGCGGCCCUUAACAACCACGUGGAGGUUGCGGAGCUGUUAGUCCAUCAGGGCAGUGCCAGCUUAGACAUCCAGAACGUCAACCAGCAGACAGCCUUACACCUGGCAGUGGAGCGUCAGCACACUCAGAUUGUCAGAUUGCUGGUGCGAGCUGAAGCCAAGCUGGACGUGCAGGACAAGGACGGGGACACACCGCUUCACGAGGCACUGCGACAUCAUACGCUGUCCCAGUUGCGGCAGCUACAGGACAUGCAGGAUGUCAGCAAAGUAGAGCCUUGGGAGCCCUCCAAGAACACGUUAAUCAUGGGCUUAGGCACCCAGGGGGCAGAGAAGAAGAGCGCAGCAUCCAUCGCUUGCUUCCUGGCUGCCAACGGAGCCGACUUGACCAUUCGUAACAAGAAGGGCCAAUCCCCUUUGGACCUGUGUCCUGACCCCAGCCUCUGCAAAGCGCUGGCCAAAUGCCACAAAGAGAAGAGCAGCGGCCCGGUGGGCACACGCAGUCCAUCUUUGAACUGCAACAUGGAGUCGCUGGAGGAGUGCAUGGUGUGCUCCGACAUGAAGAGAGACACCCUCUUUGGACCGUGUGGACACAUCGCCACAUGCUCCCUCUGCUCACCACGUGUCAAGAAGUGUCUUAUCUGCAAAGAUCAGGUCCAGUCACGGACCAAGAUCGAGGAGUGUGUUGUGUGCUCUGACAAAAAGGCGGCGGUGUUGUUCCAGCCCUGCGGCCACAUGUGCGCUUGUGAGAACUGUGCCAGCCUCAUGAAGAAGUGCGUACAGUGCCGGGCUGUGGUGGAACGCCGUACCCCUUUCCUGCUUUGUUGCGGAGGGAAAGGUAUGGAGGAUGAUGCCGCAGAUGAUGAUGAUGAUGAUGAUGAUGAUGAUGAUGAUGAUGAUCUUACAGGUAGCUCUAACUCUAUGGCAGGGGGAUCGCAGGAUCUUCUCCAGCCCAACAAUCUGGCACUAAGUUGGUCUAGCAACAACAUCCCGGCCCUGCAGAGAGACAAAGACAACACCAACGUCAAUGCCGAUGUGCAGAAACUCCAGCAGCAGCUGCAGGACAUCAAGGAGCAGACCAUGUGCCCUGUGUGCCUGGACCGGCUCAAGAACAUGAUCUUCAUGUGUGGCCAUGGCACCUGCCAGCUGUGCGGCGACCGAAUGAGCGAGUGUCCCAUAUGCCGCAAGGCCAUUGAACGCCGCAUCCUUCUCUAUUAGACUCUUGCCGCCAGAUUGUUUUACCUUCUUAGCCCCUCCCCUUUCCUUCCCUUUCCAACACCAGCCGCUGUCGGCCACCAAAGCGCAUCCUUCAAUGUCUUACUCUAUCAUACAACAUUAACUUUUUACCAAGACGCUCCAUGGACAUCCCCUCUUCUUUAUCUUCUUCGUCUUACUUUGCACCGUCAUCAUCCUUCUUCUUUUGAUGUUUGGAAGCUCACCGUUGUCGAAGCUUCUCAAGAAAUGAACUUGAAGGGCACAUCUCUUGAAUCUGGCCCUGGACUGAACAAAGUAAGAGGAUAUACAAAAAUGAGAAGAUUGGAUUGCUCUGUUUUUGUUGUGGACUGUAUCAACUUUUACUAUUGAUUAUUCAUCCUUAUGCAAGUGUCGGAAGCAUCCAUUUUUAACCUGGUUUUCAUAACUGUAUGGUAACUUUCAAGGUUCCUCGCAAGUAUUUUUUUUACAGCGUAGAUGUCGUGAUUCGCUCAAGAAGACUUCAGCACUACUGUACUGGAGAAAGAGAAGCCGGCUAAACAGCAACACAGCGGGUCCGCUCCACACAGGUAGCACAUCACAGUCGCACUAGAGCCGCCAAACUAGCAUCCAAACACACACAAAUCCACACAUUUCUACUUUUUAGACUUCAGUUAGUAUUGUCCUGCUUUAUUGUACAAUAGUCUGUUGCUGCUGUGCCAUUCGCUUCCAAAAAGCUUGUGCUGGGGUGGGAAGAAAAGGUGCUCUUUGUUUUGUGUUUUUUUUUACUUAAUUUAAAGUGUAUUACCGCUCAAAAAUCAGCAUUUAUUGACAUAGAAAGUACAAUCUGUUAGAGCGCUCAAAUGGUGACUGUAGAUAAAUUAUUUUGUAUUGCUGCCCCAAAAGUAUGAUUUGUAGGUGUCACCGCCUUCCUGACAUGUAGCCUCAAAACCAGCUUUGAUAUUCAUGGUUUUUUUUGUUUUGUUUGUUUUUGCUACACCUAAUCACGCUUACAUUUUUCAUCCUCUGUAAGCCUUACUCACGUUCUUUGUUGAAACUUAAAAAAAAAGUCAUUUAGUUGUCAAGCGUCAUCAGUGUUUUUUAAAUUAAGACAAAAAUUGCCUUACUUGUACAAGGCGCACACUAAAACUUUCAGUUUUUUUUAAAGAAUGACACUUUCUUGUUUGUUUUUUUUUCACCGACAACACCAAA